AUUGUUGUUCCAUUCUGUUAGUGACAUGGAAGCUACUCCCCCAAAAAUGCCAGUGGAGGGUUGGGAUAUCGGCAGCCGAAGCUUGAGCUAUCCCGCAUUAAAGCUUAUAUGCGACCCUUUCGGAUGGACAUUCGCGUGGCGAGGAAAUACUCAUCUCUCACACUUCAUCUCACUAAUAUAAAGCUCAAACCCACAUCCGCAAUUCCCGGUAUUAUUCUCUAUUCCCAUUGAAAGAACAUACACAUACAUAUGCUCUGUAAAGCGAUCCCUCAUUGAGAGAAGAAAACCAUGGCACCAUCAACCUCAGUCAGCCAGAUCCCCCACGCGGACGCCUCCGCCGUCAAACACACAAACGGCAAUGGCGUUCUGCCCAGCUCUACCAUUGCGCCCGAAAAGAAGCCCGGGCAAGACAAGUCAAAGACCCUGGAGACCAAGGGCUUCCCCCGUCCGCAAAAGUUUGACGACCCGUACCAGCAGCGCCAGCACCUCAAGGAGCGGCUGGCCUUGGGCUUCCGCAUCUUUGCAAAGAACGGCUUCGACGCUGGCGUCGCUGGCCACAUCACAGUCAGAGACCCUGUUGAGCCGCAAACAUUCUGGCUGAACCCUUUCGGCGUCCCCUGGCCACUGCUCAAAGCAUCAGACCUCAUCCGCGUAGAUGAGAACGGUGAAGUAGUCGAGGGUGGCCCCGUGAGGCUCUUGAACACCGCCGCAUACAUGAUCCACCACGCAGUUCACGAAGCCCGCCCCGAGAUAAACUGCGUCGCCCACUCCCACUCCCUCUACGGCCAAGCCUUCUCCGCCCUCGGCCGCAACCUCGACAUCACCACCCAGGACACCUGCGCCUUCUACAACGACGUCGUCCUCUACAACUCCUUCGGCGGCAUCGUCCUCGGCAAAGAGGAAGGCCUGCGCAUCGCCGCCGCCCUGGGCGACAAGAAGGCCGCCAUCCUGCAGAACCACGGCCUCAUCACCUGCGGCAAGAGCGUCGAGAGCUGCGUCUACUGGUUCCUCAGCCUCGAGCGGUGCUGUCACCAGCAGCUCCUGGCUGAUGCCGCUGCGGGGGGCAGGGGCCACGAGACGGUCAAGAUUGAUGAGGAGGAUGCCGAGUUCACGUACAAGUCUAUCGGGUCCGAGGUGGCGGGGUGGUUUUCGGGGAAGCCUACUUUUGAUAUGAUGGAGCAUGAGUCUGGUGUGGCUUACAAGAUGUGA